AUAUAGUUUUCUAUUACAUCUCCCACAAGAGAAGGUUAUGUGCUUUCCUCUUCAAGCUUUUUCCAGGAGUCUAAAGAUUGGUUCUUUAUUUUGUGUGGUUGAGGAGAGAAAGGUGUAGAGAUUUAGAGAGAAAGGAAGUGAAAAUGGGGGAAGUUGUUUUGAGUAGUAGUGAGGAUUGGGCUGUGAAAGGAGAUAGUGAAGUUGAGAGGAGGAGGAAGAGGAAGAUAGAGGAAAUGGAUAAUAAUAUCAAUAAUGAUGAUGAUGGGGUUGUGGAGACGAAGAUGAUAGGUGGGUGUAGCUCAGGUGGAGCGAUUACCAGUUGGGAUAGAUUCUUGCCCAGAAUGAUGAUGAGGGUUUUGUUGGUUGAAGCUGAUGACUCCACUAGGCAGAUUAUUACUGCUCUACUCAGAAAAUGUAGCUAUAAAGUUGCUGCUGUGUCUGAUGGCCUAAAAGCAUGGGAGUUACUGAAGGGAAGACCCCAUAACAUAGAUCUCAUAUUGACAGAAGUGGAUCUGCCAUCAAUAUCAGGGUUUCCGCUACUUACCUUAGUCAUGGAGCAUGAUAUCUGCAAAAACAUUCCUAUUAUAAUGAUGUCCUCUCAAGAUUCGAUUAGUACAGUUUACAAAUGCAUGAUGAGAGGUGCUGCUGACUAUCUUGUUAAGCCUAUUAGGAGGAAUGAACUGAGCAAUCUAUGGCAGCAUGUUUGGAGAAGAAAAUCUUCCUCUGCAAACGGCCCCCGAUAUGAAGGUGUUGCACAAAAUAAGGGCGAAGCCACUUCUGAAAAUGAUCCUGCAACCAAUCACUCCAAUGGCUAUAUUCCUUCCAUUCAGAGAAAUGAGGAAAACAUUGACAAAGGGAGCGACUCCCAGAGCUCUUGUACAAGGCCAGAAUUAGAGGUUGAGAAUGUCCACGUGGAUCAAAUGCAGGAAUGCUCACAGCCAACACGGGGUGAAUCUUCUCCGAGUGACUCGAGAACACAGAAGAGUGAAGGGCACAUCAAUGCAGGGCAGAGAUUCAUGCAUGGAAAUGAAGUCAGAGGAUCAAUGCUGGGAACCUAUCAGGAUGCUGAUGCCAAAAUUACACCAGGCAAGGGUUUCAAGCCAGAAAGUAUUAGGAGGGAUGCUAUUAUGUCUAGUGAGGCUUGUGAGAAUAAUAAAUUCCUAUUUAAUCGUUCUAGAGACACCAUUGAUUUGAAUGGAGUUUUAGAAGAAAAUGCAAAUUGCAAUUAUCAAAAUUCUUCUUCAAGUAAUGGAACUAGCAAGUUUGAUUCUGGUCCGAAAUUGGAUCUUACCUUGAGAUCAAGUUCUGGUGACUUUGAGAGCCAUAUGGUUGAGAAGAGGCACACCCUUGGCCAUUCUAAUGCCUCAGCCUUUACACGAUACAUUAAUAAGCCAUUGCAAACCGCAAAUCCUACAUCAGUCGGUGUGUGCGAUCAAGAGAAAGAAUGUGGAUCAAAUACUGAAAAGCAUAUGUUCAAUUUCGCCGCUGGACUUAGUUUUAACUCUGAUACCCCUGGUCGCUCAGUAAGCACACCAAAAAGUGGUAUUACAUUGGCUACAGGUCAAUCUAACCAUUCUGAAGCUGCAACUCAUUCCCCUCAACAGAGAUUAUUUCCUCUACCAAUCCCUGUGAAAGGUAUAAGAGUUAAUAAUCCGGUGGCAGGCUAUGGUUCUGUAGUACCUUCAGUAUUCUGUUCACAAUCAGGUUCUUCAUCCCUGGUCAGUCCAAGCUCAGCUGCCCAACAAGAGCCCUCAUUUCUAAUCAAUGCGUUUUACCAAACAGCUCCUGAAAAGAACAAAUCCGAGCAGUCAAAUGAACUUUGUCGAAACAACAGCAUUGCCAAAGACCAAUCCUUACACAAUCAAGAACAUAAACUGGACUUUUUCGAGGAUCGUGGGCAUAUCUCUCCUACCACUGAUCAAAGUGCUAGUAGUAGUUUCUGUAAUGGAAAUGCAAGUCAUCUUAAUAGUAUUGGGUAUGGAAGUGCUUGUGGAAGUAAUAGCAAUGUUGAUCAGGUUGCCAUGAUUAGAACUGCUUCCGAGAACAGGAAUGAUGAAAGUUAUUUUAAUAACGGUGGGAAUUCUCACAGAUCCAUGCAAAGAGAAGCAGCUCUUACAAAGUUCCGCAUGAAGCGGAAAGAUAGAUGUUUUGAAAAGAAGGUCCGAUAUGAGAGCAGAAAGAAACUCGCCGAGCAACGUCCCAGAGUUAAGGGACAGUUUGUUCGCCAAGCACAAACAGAUCCUUCCCCUGCAGAAACUGAGGGAAAUUCAUAGGAGUGAGUAACCAUUUAGCUUUGGAUAGUUAUAAAGAAGAGGAUAACUUUAAUGGUUGAAGAACACUCAUAAUGAUCAGUAGUAGUUUAUUCCACCUUUUACAUUUUUUGUUGUUGUAGUAUGAGAGUGAACUUUGGGGGCAGAAGCACAAGAGAAAUCACUGAGUGAUUGAUGUAUAGCUUUGUAAUUUCUACUCAAUUCUUUUUUUCUUUUUGGGUAGCUGUGAAAUUUGUUUAUUAACAAUCUCAUAGGUUAUAUUGGUAUAUACACUCUUAGUAUGUGAUUUGUAUCCACAGUAACACCAUCAAUACCAAUCACCAGCUUGUAUACUAUGAAAGACUUUUUUUUCCCCUCUCAUUGUUGUUGUUGUUGGUUCAGACUCAAUGUAGUUCCUCCAAUUUUGUAUUUGUAUAUACACAAAGUGGUAUUGAUAUUGACUGGUAUAGCUCAUUUCACAAGUUUCAAUAAAGGGUUUGAUCUUUACCAAAGUA